AUGGCGGCUGUGGAGAGGAUGGCUGCCGCUGAGGCAGCUGGAGCGGUAGCCGCGGAGCUCAAGGCCGAGGCUGAAGGAGAGGAGGCGGAGGCUGCACCGCCGCCCUACGAGGCGGUGAGGUGGGGGCCGGUAGGCGCUGUGGCUGAGGCGCAGGCGGUGCUGUGCGAGGAGGAAGACGGCUCGGAGGGGUGCGUGGGUCCUGGCCCCGCCUCGCCCCCUGAGUCCCCGGGCCGGGCUCUGCGGCGACUUCGGGCAGAGCGGCGGCGGCUGGACUCGGCGCUGCUCGCGUUGUCCUCACACUUCGCCCAGGUUCAGUUCCGUCUGCGGCAGGUGGUGCGUGGGGCCCCGGCGGAGCAGCAGCGCCUGCUGCGAGAGCUCGAGGACUUCGCCUUUCGCGGCUGCCCGCACGUGCUAGGCUGGGGUGCCCCCGGGGACACCACCACCGACGAGGUUGACGGAGACCGACCCCGCGAGGGCCCGCCAGGGCUGCGGCCCAACGAGCCGAGCGAACAGGAAAAGCAGGAGCGUGUAGAAGCCCAGAGAGAGAAGCAGCGUGAGCUCAUCAUUCAGCUCAAGACCCAGCUAGAUGAUCUGGAAACCUUUGCCUACCAGGAGGGCAGCUAUGAUUCCCUGCCACAGUCAAUGGUUUUGGAAAGACAGCGGGUGAUCAUAGAUGAACUAAUAAAGAAGCUGGAUAUGAAUCUGAAUGAAGACAUCAGUUCACUGUCUCCUGAAGAGCUACGGCAGCGUGUGGACGCAGCCGUGGCCCAGAUAGUCAAUCCUGCCCGAGUAAAGGAGCAGUUGGUGGAACAGCUAAAAACCCAGAUCCGAGACCUGGAAAUGUUCAUUAAUUUCAUUCAAGAUGAAGUAGGAAGCCCUUUGCAAACAGAGGGUGGACACUGUGAAUGUAAGACUUCAGGGAAUGGCUCCUCUAGGGUUGGUACCCGAUUGCCUUCUGGAAAUAAAAAAGUGAACCCUGAAGAGGCAAAGAAGAUCCGUGAUACAGGACUGCAUUUAAUGCGUCGAGCACUAGCUGUGCUCCAGAUGUUUGCAGUGAGUCAGUUUGGUUGCACCGCUGGUCAGAUCCCCCAUACCCUUUGGCAAAGGGACCAGGCUGAUAGGGACUAUUCUCCUCUGUUGAAAAGGUUGGAGGCCUCAGUGGACAGGGUGAGACAGCUGGCUCUGAGGAACCAAAUGAAUGAUCAUGUCAUCAGCAGCACCAGCCUUCAGGACAUCCCCCUCGGGGGCAAAGAUGAGCUAACGAUGGCGGUACGAAAGGAGCUCACUGUGGCCAUGCGAGACUUACUAGCCCAUGGAUUGUACACCUCCUCCCCAGGGAUGAGUCUGGUGAUGGCUCCCAUUGCUUGCUUGCUCCCUUCCUUCUCUUCCACCCCCCAGACCAUGCACCCAUGGGAACUCUUUGUGAAAUACUACAAUACCAAGAAUGGCCGAGCUUUUGUGGAAUCCCCAGCACGAAAGCUCUCCCAGUCCUUUGCACUGCCUGUGACAGGGGGUGCCAUUGUGACACCCAAACAAAGCUUGCUUAGCGCCAUCCAUGUAGUAUUGACAGAACAUGACCCCUUUAAGCGCAGCGCAGACUCAGAGUUGAAGGCUCUAGUGUGCAUGGCAUUGAAUGAACAGCGUUUGGUGUCUUGGGUCAACCUGAUCUGCAAAUCUGGGGCACUCAUUGAACCACACUACCAGCCUUGGAGUUACAUGGCACACACUGGCUUUGAAAGUGCCCUCAAUCUGCUCAGCCGCCUGAGCAGCCUCAAAUUCAGCCUCCCUGUGGACCUGGCUGUCCGACAGCUCAAGAAUAUCAAAGACGCCUUUUGAUGACAAGGCUUUUGCCCCUGACUAGUGCCUCUCCAUAGGGAUGAGUUACCACUUUAUCAUGUGAGGCUAAGGGGGUUGAAGGAAGAAGCUUCUGGGUUACAGAUUAUCCCUAGGCCUUGCACAGGUGGCCAGUCCUAGUGCCUCUGACGUAUGUUAUCCACAUUUAGCACCUUAGAAAUUCACACUGGAAAACCCUUGGCUGAAAAUGCCCUGCCCUAUUGUGUGACUGCCUGCCUGUGUCUGUCAGGAUGCACAUAUGGACAUGCAUGGCCUUUCUCCCAGAGGCUUAUUUGCUUUCCCAAUUGCUCUAUUGACCCAUAGUGGCUCUUCAGAAACUUAGCGAGUCUGGGUGUAUGUUAGUUCAGUGGUAAUGAAAAUAUGGAUUGGCAAAGAUGUGUUUCCUCUCAGAUGGGGAGAAAUCAAGCCCAACAUUUUGUUGCUUAAAUGAGGAGCUGCUCCUUUUUUUUUUCCAUUUUAGAUUUGACCAAUCAGCAAUAAGAUGAACACUUCCCCACAUACAUAAUAGAACAGAAUAAAGAAUUGUACACAAACUCCUAGAUAUCUCUAUAUAGCUUGCUUUUCCUUUUAAUCUUUUUGAGGCCAAAGGCAGCUAGGAAAUGCAUAUAAUAUUUCAUUAGAAGUCAAGAAGGCUUGAACUCAAAACUUUCCAUUUACAUGCUGUGUGAUUCUGAGCUAGUCACUUAACCUCUCUCUGCCUCAGUUUCCUCUUCUGUAAAAUGGGGAUAAAUAACAGCACCUAUCUUCCUGGAGGUUGUUGUGAGAGUCCAAUGAGAAACUGUUAAGGGCUUUGUCAGACUAAAGCACUAUACAAAUGUUAGUUAUUUUAUCAUUGGGGUUGUUUUUUUUUUCCUUAAAGCAGGUUUGAGUGACCCAGGGCCAAGUUGUCUUACAACCAUCGUUUCUACUUUGUACGUAAAGAUGCUUUUGUGCCAGAGGUUUCCGUACUUUUCCUGUCUUCUAAGUCAGUGAAUACAAUAAGAAAAAUUAUAUUCUCUCUAACCUUCUGACAGAAACUCAGACAGGGUUGUAAGGGAGUUAGCCAUAUGUCUCAUUUAUUUUUAUUUUAAAUGAAAGUUUGAAAGCAUCUUUUCUUGCAGAGAUCAGAGCCUAGUUAGUGGGCAAACAUUUUGCCAGUGUGUGUGCCAUAACAAAUAUUCUCCAGCCCUAUGUGUUUUCUUCUACCUACUUGCCUUCCUUUCAUCAAGACUCUUGUCAUCCUUAGGGAUUUGAACUCAGUAUCUCAGAGGCAGUGCUGUUACUGAUCUAUUCUUUCAGAAGCCCUCAUUCCAGGGCAAACUCCUACAUCUAAAAAUACAACAUUCAUAACCAAUAUCGCCUUUUCCUUAAUUCAGGCGCUACUUUGAUACAGCCUGUCUUUUGGAAAGAAGGAGAAACAGAACUUAUACUAGCCUUUUUUCUCCCUCCAGGGAAAAAUUUAGGUUGACUGAAAACAGUAUACCAGUGGUGUUGAUGCUCAUCUGCUGAUUGUUCUUAAGAGUGAAAUGGAAGGAGCUGAAUAUCUUAAUUCAAGAAUAUCCCUAUUUAAGCUUUGGUAUCUUAAGUCUGUCACUUUUUUUUUUUAAGUCAGCUUGUGGUACAUGCCAGUAUGUAACCCAAAGCUGUGAAUGUACAACUUUCCUGACAAGCCUCUGAGGUUUAAAUACUCUUUAAAAAGCUUUUGUCUUCAGUUACACAUGUUCAAUUGUGGGAUGAUCUUGUGUCUGCUGGGAUAGACAGUGUGUUUUAACUUAAUUUUUUCAGCAAAUGUCUCAUUUAAAAUUAUGUUGAUUUUUAUCCUAAUUUAUCCAGAGUGUGUGACAAUAAAUGUAAAUGUUAUAGAUGAAA